GUGCAUAUGUGACAUUAUUUUCUACUUUUUUGGUCUAGUCAAAUUAUAAUAUUACUAAUCUUCAUGUAUCCUAGGAUCUGACCUAGCCGGCCUUCUAGUGCGAAGGUCCAUCCAGUGGCUAGACAGAGAGUAAGAUUUCCUUUUGAGUAAAUUUUAUUCUGCGGCAACCGGUAACAUUGUAAAAAAGUCACCAUCUUCGUAGCUGAUGAAACUGUAGCACCGAAGAUGCAGGAACGGUGACAGACCAGAGAUGCAUGAAUCCCGACGGACCGGAGCAUCGGCGAUUGGGCGACCAGGUGACCCUCGAACGAAUCAGAUUGCAGCUAGAGGGAACCUGCUCUUGGUCAGACUGCAUCGAUGGAGGAACUCUGCUCUUCGCGAUGAUGGUGACGGUGAAGGUCGCAGCGAUGAGCGGGUAGGCAGGGCCGGUCCUAGGGGGCAACGGGGGCGACCGCCCUAGACCCGAAAAAAUAGCAAAAAAAAAUAGGUUGCCUAAGUGAUAACUGAUUGAGAAGGUUUCAAAUCGACUGGCGUUCGGUUGUUACGGCAAGGCGCAAGUCUUCAAUUUUUCAAGUCUGCCAAUCAAUCCAGGAACGGAGGAGGCGAGGAGCCCAAAGGUCGGCCGGUAAUUACAAAUUUACAAGUCUAGAACACCUUCUUUCAACUUUCAAGGUUUCAAACAAUCUGUCAGUCACCAGUGGUGCUCGAUAAAAUGGGUGAAUCUGGUUGGGAAAAAGAGAAAAAGAGGCAAAGAUUAGAUAAGGCAGCCUUAAGUCAAAAGGGGGCAAUGGAAAAAUAUGUUUUCGUCAAGAAGUUGAAUCCUGAAAAUUCUUCUCAAGUUGAAUCGCCGUUAAAUUCUUAUGCGAAUGAAAAUAAUAACACGCCUGGGAAUAAUGAUAUUGGUACAGAAGUCGCAAAUGUUGAAACUGAGCCAGAUAAAUGUGAUUUAGGUGAAGAAAAUAAAUCAGUGAUGGGUCAUUUUUCAGUGAUUGAUAUAUAAGAUCCUGUUUAUUGGGGGAACCUUGAUGCCAAAAUGAAAGAUAUUUUAGUUGAAAAAGGACCUGUAAGGGAAACUCAACUAAAUUAUCCUCUUGAUGCCAAGUUUAGACAUUUUUCAAAUGCCUAUUAUACUAGGAACAUGAAAAAUAAAGAAAGCGAAGAUAGACAAUGGCUAGUGUGUUCCAAAAAAGUGGAUAAAGUCUUUUGCUUUUGUUGCAAGUUGUUUAAAACAAAAGAAGGUCCCAAUCAUUUAGCUAAUGAAGGAACUAAUGAUUGGAAACAUCUUAGCGAAAAGCUUUCUAUCCAUGAAAAAAGUGUUGAACAUUUUACUAAUGUGCAAAGAUGGAUGGAACUAAAGAUGAGAUUGUCAAAACAAAAAACCCUUGAUUCGGCUAUUCAGGAAAAAUUAGCAAAAGAGAAGCAGCACUGGAGGGAUGUUCUUAAGAGGAUAAUAGUUUUAGUAAAGACUCUUGCUAAAAAAUCACUUGCCUUUCGUGGAAGUAGUGACAGACUUUAUGAUGAAAAAAAUGGCAAUUUUUUAGGGUUCAUUGAAAUGAUUGCAGAGUUUGAUCCCAUUAUGCAAGAACAUGUGAGGCGCAUCCAAUGUAGUGAGAUUCACUAUCAUUAUUUGAGUCACAAAAUUCAAAAUGAAUUGAUUCUGAGGUUAGCAUCGAGUGUGAAAAGUACAAUUGUUAAUGAAAUUAAAGCUGCGAAGUACUAUUCAGUUAUUCUUGAUUGCACACCCGACUCAAGUCACAGAGAACAAAUGACUCUAAUCAUAAGAUGUGUGAAUAUGUCAUCAGGCAAAGCAGAAGUUGUUGAAUAUUUUUUGGAAUUUCUAGAAGUACUAGAUACAACUGGAUUGGGGCUUUUUGGGGAAUUAGAGCGUGUGUUGAUUUCAUCUGAGCUAGAUAUUGAUGAUGUUAGAGGACAGAGUUAUGACAAUGGGUCUAACAUGAAAGGUAAGCAUCAAGGUGUUCAAAGAAGACUACUUGAUAUGAACCGGAGAGCUUUUUACAUGCCAUGUGCUUGUCAUAGUCUAAAUUUAACAAUUUCUGAUAUGGUUAAAUCUUGUUCAAGGGCGGUUACUUUUUUUGGAUGUGUUCAGAAAUUGUAUACACUAUUUUCUGGUUCAACAAAAAGAUGGGCAAUUUUGAAAGAGCAUUUAGAGGGCUUAACUUUGAAGUCAUUGUCCACCACACGUUGGGAAUGUCAUGUGGAAAGUGUUAAAGCAAUUGUAACCCAAACUUUGCAAAUACGAGAAGCUUUGAUUGAACUGGGAAAAGAUUGCACUAAUUAUUCGUCUAAAAAUGACGUUAAAAGUGUGCUGAAACAAGUAGAAAAGUUUGAAUUCUUAUUGGGCAUGGUAAUAUGGUAUGAUGUUUUGCAUCCCAUUAAUAAAGUCAGUAAAUUAUUACAAAGUGAAGAUAUGUGCAUGGAUGCUUGUAUAGUAAAUAUGAAUGCUUUGAUUAUUUAUUUAAAUAAGUAUCGAAAUGAGGGGUUUGAAGAUGCAAUGAGUAGAGCAAAAGGUAUUGCUCUAGAAUUGGGGCUUGAACCUUGUUUUCCUGAAAGGCGAUCGAUCCGGAGGAAAAAACACUUUGAUGAAGAUAAAGAAGAUGAUGAAGAUAAGUCGCCUCAAGAUGCUUUUAAGUGUUUUUAUUUUAAUGUUGUAAUGGAUGCUUGUUUGGUUUCUCUGCAAAGUAGAUUUGAUCAGAUGAAGGUUUUUCAAGGUAUUUUUGGGUUCUUGUUCAAUUCAAGGAACUUGAAAUCAUUGGAUUCUGAUAAGUUGAUAGAUUCUUGUAAGAUACUUGCAGAAGCUCUACAAGAUGGUGAAAAGGAAGACAUUGAUAUGGAUGAUUUAUUUCAAGAAUUGAAAAUGUUGCAAAAUAUUUUACCGGAUGAUAGGGACACAGCCAUUAAAAUUCUUGAUUUUGUGAAGAACUUGUGUUGUUAUCCGAAUACAACAAUUGCUUACAGAAUACUGUUGACAAUACCUGUGACCGUUGCCACAGCGGAGAGAAGUUUUUCAAAGUUGAAGAUACUGAAGAAUCAUUUGCGAUCGACUAUGUCUCAAGAAAGGCUGAAUGGAUUAGCAAUUUUAAGCAUUGAGCAUGAAGUCUUGGAAAAGGUUGAUUAUGAAGCAAUUAUUGAUGAUUUUGCUUCACAGUGUUCGGCGAGAAACGUUUUUAAGUAAUAUUUUUCUUUUUAUGUGAUACUUGUUACCUUUCAUCAAACAUGUUAUUUAAAUAUUAAUAAAGUGAAUUUCAUCUUUAUUUUUUUACCUUUAUUCAAUUAUUCGAUAGUUUUAUUAUAAUCUAUGUUUAGCUUAUAAAUUUAGACCCAACUUAGCUUCUCGCCCAUAGGCCCACAAAAUGACAGGACCGACCCUGAGUGUAGGUAGAGCGAUGAUGCCGAUAACAAAGGAUUCCACGUGCGCAAGGUGUAAAAGAAGCCCCAAAGUUCAUAUUAAUUUAAAAAAUAUUCGGUUGUAGCAUCCGCAAGGUGUAGUCGUAUAAUAUAAUUUGCCCGUGUUAACAAGCUAACUUGUUACUAAUAGGCUAAAAAGAUUUUUUGAGUUUUUUUUUAAAGUUUGAGAAUUUCAUUAUAUGAUUAUAUAGUGUAAGGGCUUAAAUGUUGUUUUUGCAAUAGUAUGAUAGCUUAUUUGGCAUAGGCAUGUAAAAAAACGGCGAGACCCACCCCGCCCCAAGACAUUUGGGGCGGGUCCGCCCUACCCCGUUUUGCACAUGGGACGGGUCCGCCUGUCCCGUACAUACAAUGGGGCGGGUACGUGUAUUAGUAUUGACUCGUACCGCCCUGCCUCGCCCUGC